CAGGACCAAGAGCUGGUUCAGCUCUAAAGGCAGAGAACUGGUGGAGUGUCUUUUGGCCUCAAAGAAAUUCAGCACCAGGACAGCUCCGAGGGCUCCAGAAUCUCCAAGCCCAAAACACUGCUCUGCAAGAACAGAGAUGGAAACCAGAAGUAAAUCCCGGUUCUUUGUGCUUCUCAUACUUAUGAGUGUGCUCUUCUCACAGACUUUAGCAUGGCCCAUGGCACCUUCUGCUAUGAGCUUGACUGACAGAAUGCUGCUUGAAGGAGAUCCUGAUCAAAUCUCACAAAAUGUGUUAGCUGAGAAUGACACACCCUACUAUGACAGAGCAAGGAAUGCCAGGCAUGUUGAUGCUAUUUUCACCAGUGACUACCGCAAGCUCUUGAGUAAACUGGCUGCCAGAAAGCACCUUGAGUCCCUUAUUGGAAAGCGAAAUGAAAAAAGUGUUUCCGAAGACAAAGACAAAGACAAAGACAAAGACCAAGAACAAACCAAACGCCACUCUGAUGCGGUUUUCACUGACAACUAUACCCGCCUUAGAAAACAAAUGGCUGUAAAGAAAUACCUAAAUUCAAUUCUGAAUGGGAAGAGGAGCAGUGAUAGAGACUAUGAUGACUUUUCUGAUGAGAUAGACAAAUAAUGGAAAAGCUCCGUGAAGCUAAGCUGCUGACAACUUCCCAAGGAGUUAUGAAGAAAAUAACCAGUGAAGUAAUUAUAUUUUGCAUUCUACAUAAGUAGUUCAAGAAAACAACUUCAAUAUCAAAACCAAAUAAAACAUGUUGUGUUGUGAAUGCUGUGACUUAUCUUAUUCUAAUGUAAUAAUUGUGAUGUUUACACUGUAAAUAUUAUGAGACUUCUAAAAUUUGUCUUUCACUCAUAAAAAUCCUGUAAUUUCAUGUUCUCAUGAACCAUUUCUAAGUAAAUACGUUUAGUGAUAAGUAAACAUUAAAUUAAUUUCAACUAUAGGAGGCUUAUUGUAAUGAUAG